AAGUCAAAUGAAAAACUCUGGUAGUUCUCCUGAACAAUCUCUCCCUCAAGAGCAACCAAGUGAGAAUGAAGAGGAAAAAGAGUUAACAGAAGAAGAAAAAGAAAGAAUUGUCCAGCCUAUUCUGCAGUUAAAGUUAGACCCUCUUGAUGAUUAUACUGAAGAGGAAUUUGAGCAAUUUAAAAAUUUAAAGAAGGGUUACUUUUUAAAAGCUAAUGACAGACUAAAGCUCCCGCCCAUAGAACAAGUGCCUCAAACAACAGGCCUAGUCCCGGCUACUAAAGAUUUAGAAAAGGCUCUAAAAACUGCACAAAAUAGUUUCGAGGAGAUAAAGAAAAAAAGUAUGAAAAUGGAAUCCUUAGAAAAUAAAAAAAGAGCUAAGGAAGUUAAAAUUUUAGAGGAAAAGUUGUCUACGCAACAUUCAGAGCUAGCAUCUCUUAUGAAAAAAGAAAAUUCUAAAAGGCCAAAGGAAGAGCAAUUAAACAGUCAUGAUUUAGAUAUGGAAAUUAAAAAGAGCUUUUUUCCGAUUGCGCACCGCUAUGAAUCCCAGCUGAUAGAGCAUCACUUGCAGAGUCAACUUCAUAACUUCAAUUUACGCUUUUUUGAAUGUCUUGCAGCUCAACGAGCUCUUUAUGAAGCUGAAUAUUCUGCUUUGCUUAAAUCUGAAGCUAACGAUUUUAGUGAUUUAAAUCAUAAACGAUCUGAGGAACUUAAAAGAAUUAAAAAGAAAGCAGGACUAACAGGAGGACUAUUUCAUACCGAAACUGACGAAGAAAAACAGCAAGAAGUAGAAAUAAACCAUAAAUAUCUAAAGCUAACUCAGGAAAAGGAAGAAGAACAUCAAAAAAGAAGAGAAGAAGUAAAAGAAAAACAACUUGAAAACAUUGAGCUUUUCAAAAAGAAACACGAGAAAUCGGUCAAUGAAAUUUUUAAAAAGAUUAAAAACGUUAGAAAUGAAUCCUAA